CUUGACAAGGAAGUCCUGCCAUACAAACCGGUGAAGAACCUGGGCGUUGGAGCAAGCGCAUCCGUUGAAAUGGUUGAAGAUAUUAUCUCGGGAUCCGUAUACGCUCGGAAAGUGUUUCGAAACGUCACAACGCGGAAUCUCGAGGAGGUGAAGAAAGGUUACCAGAACGAAGUGCAGAUCAUCCAACGUCUAGCGUCACAUCGCCACAUCAUUCGUGUUUUUGCGACCUAUACGGCAGGCCGAGAGCUUGGGUUGAUCCUACAGCCAGGAGCCGAUAGCGGAGACCUGGCCGCCUUUCUUGCAGAGUGUCGGGAUUUGAACCACUCCAAGACUGCUUUAGGGUUUCCAAGAUUUUGGACACUUUACUCAUUAUUUGGCUGUCUGGUGGAUGGCCUUUCUUUCAUACACCAGCACACCAUUAGGCACAAGGACAUAAAACCCCAAAACAUUCUCAUCCACAUGGGCUCGGCUAUCUACACUGAUUUUGGACUGUCUUAUGACUCAACUUUGGUCGGAAAUAGCACAACGAGCGGCAAUCCACAAGGCUUUACUCGAAAAUACUGCUCCCCAGAAGCUGCAGAUUGGGGCAAGAGAAACUCCAAAUCCGACGUCUUUUCUCUCGGAUGCGUGUUCCUGGAAAUAUUCUUGGUCUUAUGCCAUCCGAUUUCU